GCGCUUAGUCAGUCUGUGCCCGAUUGCGCGGUCGUGCGGUCGAUUCGAUGAUUCUGGGAAUUUGCGUUCAAAUUGUCUUCUUUUUGCGUUUCUUCUGCAUUUAAAAAGAACCACAUCUCAAGAAGGGAGAAACGUGCAAUUAAGACAAAGUGUUCAUUGACGUAAUCGGAAGCGUUGUACGCGAAAUUACGUGUUGUGACACCAAAAUAAGUGCGUGCAUGUUUGUGAUAUCAUUAACAAUUUAUCAACGCUGUCUUCUGAUAAAAGGGAAAUCAGGGGUGAACGACGCAAAUGAUCGUCCAGUAACGCGUAUCAUUUGUCCAUAUUGUAAAUCGGUGUCAGAUUAUAAGUGGGAGAAUUAUGCUUUGGAAAAUGAUCACCCGUCGUGAAACGUACUUUGUGAUUUUGAUGAUCACUGUAAGCAGCUUCUCCACUUAUCAUUGCCCAAUAGAUGGAACAUGUGUAGAAAUAUCAUGCGAAUCGAAUUACGAGGGCGGUUUCGAAAUAAACUGUUCAAUGAAAAACGACUCCUCUUUUAUUAUAAAUAUUCAACCGAACCAAUACAUACUGAUUGAAUGUAUCAACUCGCCGGAAUGGGACAAUUUUAAUUUGGACAUGGCGUCUUUCAUAAAAAAUGAAAUCAAAUCAAUGUUCUUUCGUAUGUGCGAUUUUCCGAACAACAGCAGUUUGGGUGAAAUCACGCAAAUGUUCGGAGCUACUGGCAUUGAGAAAUUAAGCUUCCAAUCGUACAAGGACUUGAGCUUCGCUCUGCAAAAGUACCAUUUGAAUGACUUCGAAAAUCUUAAAUCCUUGGUUUUAUCGAGCAACAAUGUGACCAACGUGGACAAGGAUCUAUUGGCCGAUUUAACAAAUUUGACGGGGCUCAACUUGCUCGACAACAACUUACAUUCGAUCGAUGGAAUUUUCAACCAUACGCCGAAAUUGCAAUGGCUCGAAUUGGGCGAUAAUAAUUUGCACUCGAUAGAAGUAGGCACGUUUGAGAAUUUAAAAAAUCUGACAUUGCUCAAUUUGUGGAAAAAUAAUUUAACAGAGCUACAAUCGGGGAUUUUCGACGGACUCAUCGCUCUCAAAACUCUCGACCUUAAUACGAAUAAUAUGAUUAAUUUAACGGAAAAUAUAUUCGCGAAGCUAGAGAAUCUCGAGAUCCUCAACUUAUCUCGGAACAAUUUUACACAGUUGCCGAAAAAUCUGCUACGAAAUCAAACGAAACUGCAUACCUUCUCUCUGUUUGAAAAUAAAAAAAACAUGACAACUUUGCCGGAGAAAUUUUUUGCUAAUUUACCAGAAUUGAAGGUGUUGAAACUGACAAAGAAUGGAUUUAUUAACUUGCCGGAAGAUCUUUUCUGGGGCUCUUCCUCGUUGACCAAUAUCACUUUAGACCGAAAUUAUCUUACAACUUUACCCAAGCGAAUAUUUCGAGACUUGAAAGGAUUGAAAGAAUUGAUACUGAAUUUCAAUGAUCUCGAGAAAUUGCCUGAUAAUAUUUUCUUCAAUACCAAUCAAUUAAUAAAAUUGGAUUUAUCAAAAAAUCGCAUUACUUUCAUUUCCGAGCACGUGUUCGAUGGAUUAUAUGCUUUGGAAGAAUUAAACAUAGAAGAAAAUCAACUGAUGACCAUUGCUGACCGAAGUUUUAACUCUUUAGGGCAUUUGAAGAUUGCUAAAUUUUCUAACAAUCGUCUUACAUUACAAUCUACUUUUUCCGAGUAUUACAAUGAAUUUGGAUCCAACUCACCUUUUAGUUAUUGCGUCGAAUUAAAGGAAUUAUAUUUAGCUAAUAACAGUAUUUCAAAAAUAUUCGAUGACUGGAAGCUGAGUGAUGUAAAACUUCGAAAACUAGAUCUCAGAUAUAACAACAUAUCCUUUAUAACUAGCGAAGAUCUGCAAUUUAUAUCGAGAAAUGUCAAAGUGGAUUUAACUUAUAACAAAAUAGAGCACAUUUUCUUGGACAGUGCCGAACAACUUGCGGAAUAUCAAGACAGAGCUAUUCGUGAUGCGAUAAUAUAUGUGGGACACAAUCCGUUACAUUGCGAUUGCAAGCUGUAUGACUUUUUACGCUAUAUCGAAGGCAAAAUGCAUCCCAACGUUCAAAAUUAUUUCCACAUAAAACCUGGAAAUUUAACUUGUGAAAGUCCAGAAGAGCUGAAGAAUGAGCUCGUUACGAACUUGAAAUCUGAAUUGUUAAUGUGCAUAGUGAACGACACAGAUUCUGAAUCUAAGUGCUCCGAGAAGUGUGUCUGUUUCGAAAAGCCCGAAGACAACGCGUUCAUAUUUGACUGCUCUCACAAAAACUUGACUAGCAUUCCGAACGAUAUAAAAAAUCCUGAAAAUUACAAACAAGUCGUAUUGAAUUUCACCAAUAAUCAGCUUACACGAAUAUCGGAUUUAAAAAAUUUAAAAAAUUUAAAACUCGAAUCAGUGAAGAAACUUAUUUUAUCUCACAACAACAUCUCUGAAAUCUUUUUGGACGAACUGCCCAGGACAAUACAGGUCUUAGAACUACAUAAUAACAACAUGUCAAUAAUGCACUCUGAUGUGUUAGAGUUUUUGAAAAAUUCUACGAAUUUAACUGACUUGACGUUACACGAAAAUCCAUGGAUAUGCGAUUGCAAUACUAAGGAUUUCCUAAAUUUCAUUCAAACAAAACUCGUGAACAUACCCAAUUUAUUUAAAGUUACGUGUCCAGGGAAGAACAAAACCAUAUCGGAGAUGACCACGGUUGAAUUUUGUCUUUUCAACAACACAGCGACUAUGGGCGUUAGCAUAGCAAUCGCUCUGAUGGGAUUGUUUAUCGGCAUCUCGGGCCUACUUUAUUAUAAAUACCAACAACAUAUCAAAGUGUGGCUAUUCUCGCAUCAAUGGUGUUUAUGGUUCGUAACGGAAGAGGAAUUGGAUAAGGAGAAACUAUACGACGCGUUUGUAAGCUACUCGCACAAGGAUCAUGACUUUGUAGUGAAUGAAUUAGUGUCGAAAUUAGAGAACGGUCCGACGCCGUUCAAACUGUGUCUUCAUUAUCGGGAUUGGUUGGCGGGCGAAUGGAUACCCGCGAAUAUCGCUAGAUCUGUAGAAGAAUCGAGACGGACGAUAGUGGUAUUGUCGCCGAAUUUCCUCGAAAGUGUCUGGGGAAGGAUGGAGUUUCGAGCUGCUCAUAGUCAGGCAUUGAGCGAAGGUCGAGCGCGAGUAAUAUUGAUCCUGUACGGCGAUAUCGGUCAUACGGACGACUUAGAUUCGGAAUUGAAGGCGUAUAUAAGUAUGAAUACUUAUGUCAAAUGGGGAGAUCCUUGGUUCUGGGACAAAUUGAGAUACGCGUUACCGCAUAAAACCAAAUUACCCAGAAAGAGUAGCGCGAUCGGGAGAAAAAUCUUUGAGAAUCAUCAACUGUGUAUUCAAGCAAAUGGAGAUAAAAAAGAGCUUAUGUAUCCGAUCGGGAUCCCCGAGACUCCUCCAAAUACUACACCACCCGCCGAUACGUUUAAAACAUUCGACGAAAAGCUGCAGAAACAAUUACCUACGAACGAGUUUCCUCAAGCAUUGCGUAAGUUGAACGAAAACGUUACGAUAAUUCUUACACCGGAACAUUUAAUCAAACACGAUCCUAUGAUUGAUAACAGAGAGUACAUUGCUUGACAGCGCAAAGAUAAAAAUAUAGGAAAUGAUUAGCGAUCACAUUUAUAAUUUCGUCUGUGAUAGAUGCAGGGUUGAUGCUCCUAAAUUGUUUUAAGAAUUUUUUUCGUAAAGAAAACUUUAUCUUUAAUUUUGAAUCUU